GCUUAUUUUCGCUAAGUACAGUAGCAGCAGCGGAGUUGAGAAGCUGAGACUCUUCAAAAAAUUAUCGAUUAUUUAGCUGUAAACGCACAACUGGAAAUGUAGGUGAAUAGCAACAUAGUCGUGGACACACCUGUCAUCACAAUGGACCAAUAAACGGGUGAUGUAUAAAUCCAAAUUAUGGAAUUUUUACGCCAUUGACGGUGAAGUAGCCAAGUCCAAGAAAUGGAUGCCUCAGCACUACGCUGUGCACCUGACAACCCGCCGAAAGGUUCGGCCGGAACUCUGUGGCCGUUUAGGGGGCGAAGUGGAGUGAGAAAAGUAAUGAAGUUUGCAUUUGUGACUUUGUUAUGUUGCCUUCUCGUAGAGCGUUGUAUUGGGCAGGGUAUAGAUGUAAAGGAUGACUUGAAAAGGCGGUUUCCUAACUUGCACAAAAGAGGACUUUUGCCUGGUUUGCUUGGGAAAAGGGCAAAUAAUGGGGCCCCUCCUCAAGUUGGUGUUGGGAGACAGAUGCUCCCGGCUGCACAGAAAGGUGCAAAACCACAACCUCCGGCCGCUGAUGCUCGGCCAAGACAUCUAGUUCCUCAACCAAAUAAUGGGCAAGUCAUAGAGCUUCCCAUGGUUAAGUAUCACGAGGUCCCGUGGAAAAACUCAGUAGAACAUAACUUCAAAUGGCAGGAAAAUCAGCGGUCCUUUUUUACGUGCCCCCGCGGUUAUUUUAUAUCAGAGUUAUCAUAUCGUUUUGACACUGCUCAGUCUACUAUGAAUAGACCAUGGGCUUCCAAACAGGGGUCAAAGAUGUACACGAUUGCCGACAAAAUUGCCAAAAAAUUAUCACCUGAACCGCGCGAGGUCAAGCUUCGCCGAGGCGAGGCAAACAAUCCAAAGAAUGCUCGGCAACAGUUCAUGGAUAUGGUCGCUCCAGAUGUUAUCAACCAAAGUCCCCUCACCCAAACGGGCUGUGAUCCUAUCUUAUUUUGCUUAGGACACCAAGCCUGCCUGUUUAAAAUCACCGUGGAUCUCUGCGGUUUCGACCCUGUGCCUGGUAAACGGAAAAUGUUUUUUAUAACGGUGAAAUGCACGAGUGACAGCGAUGAAGGUCUUUAUGGUAAAACUAAAAAGGCACUGGAGCUUAUGAGGAGAGAAAGAGAGCAUGUAAUGUACCUCUAUUUUGAUCAACUUCACUCUGAUAAGACCAUCACACAGGAUACGCUCUAUCAAAUUCCUGAGGAGGAGGUGUUUGGAAUCAGUUGCCCAAGACCUCAGUUGGCUCUUCAGAAUGGGUAAGAUUUACUAUUGAUGAUUAUUCGUUAUUCAUUUAGACUGUAUUUCCUUCUUUACUUUUUUUCUUUAAAAGGGUACUCCGGGCUGAUAAAAAAAUACUUCAAAAUACAUGUAAAUAGAGAAAAAUUCACUGAGCAAAAUGCUGAAAAUUUCAAAAAAAAAUCUGAAAACAAAAAACAGAUUUAUUGAAUUUUAAAGUUUAGCAAAAUUUCUACUGAAAACAGCACGUUGUCAUGAGAUUGAAAGCUUUAGUCUCUACACACUUGUACAUGUAUUAAAGUUUAGGUACAUGUAGGUGCAAAGUAUUUUUUUUCUAAGAUAAUUCAGAAUCUAAUUGAAAAAAAAAAUGCAAUGAAAUACAGUUUUUGUGUUCAAUGUCACUCUGUUGGUUUAGAUUUGAAACUCACAUAGCAACAAGUACUACAUGUAAGUUUACAUCAUGGCUUGUUACUCUUUUAAAAAUAAAAAUAAUAUAAUAUGCAUUCAUAUUGCGCAAAAACUAUUUCUAUAUUCUAUUGCGCUGCAAGAGCUUCCUAGGUGCUGUACAUACAUGUACUAUUGGAAUCUAUGGGUUUUUAAUUUUAACUUGAAAUUAUGUAAAUUUGUUGAAUUCCUAAUGUUGAGGGGAAGUUUGUUCCAUAGUUGUGGGGCUGAUAUAAGAAAUGACCUAUCUCCUACACUGUUGUGUUGCUUUUUUGUGUGGGGGUACUUGCAGUGUGAGUGUAUCUUGUGAGCUACGAAGGUGAUGGUCAUGAGAUCGGGAUUUCAAUUUCAAUCGGGAUCAGGAUUUUUUUUGUAGAGAAUGAGGUAAUAAAAGUGUAAAAUUCCGUUUUUUUCUUAUGAUUUUAUUUUAGAUUUUUUUUUUUUUUUAAAUAAAAUAUGUGCAUCUUUAACAUUGAUGUUGAAAAGUUGAAGUUGAACUCUAAAUUUAGAAAUACUGCACCUCCCUAUAAAAAAAAUGACCCAAAUUUAAUUCCUGCAGUAAUAUUAUAAUCAAGUCAUCCUUGGUAAGCUAACGUUAGAUAAUAGUAGGAGACUGAUCACCUGACACAAGCAUGUCUGACAUGGCACCACUCAUCUCUUGGAAAUAAGCAUUUAAUGCAUACUCACCUUGUUGCUCCUUUACAGUAGCAAGUUCAUUAUUUAUUAUUAGUUAUAUUUUAUUGAUGGGCUAGUCUAAUAUGCCAUGGUGGCCCAAAUAUACUCUAUUUACAUGUAUAUACAUUUACAGAUGUUUGUAUGCACCUGUACAUGUACAUCCUAACCCAAUUAUAAUUUUGAAAAAUGAAAUUGUAUAAUUUUUAGACUCAUGUUUACACCUUGGCCUAAUGCAUUGCAUUCAAAUUAAAGAAUACACAUUAUUACUGCCAACAUACAUGUACUUGUAGCGGAUAUAGAUGUGUCACGGUCCUUAUUAAUUCACACGAACAAGUGUAAUUAGCUAGGCUGGUUUAUAAUACAGGAUUAAUUUGGACAUGUACUGUACAGUCAAUUUUAUUUUUAGGAUAGAUCGCAGUGCCAAAUUGGCAUACAUACAACUUUGUAUGAUAAUGCAGCAAUUGUUCUUGGUCAUUCACCACCUGAUGUCGUUUCACAAAGCAUGGGGAGGUGUUUCACAAAGACUUAUUAAAAGGGGAAUCCACCCCAAAUAAAAACUUGUUUUUAGAUGAAAAA